GGCCCGUUGCUCCCGGCGUGCUCCGCGGCGCCCGCCUGACUCCAGCCUCUGGGCUGGAGGGAAGGGCCCGAGAUGUCUGUCCCCGCCGCUGGUGCGACUCGAGUGCUCCUCCUGUUGCUGGUGGCGGCAGCAGCGCCCAGCCGGGCGCGGGGUAGUGGCUGCCGGUCCGGCGCCGCUGUGCGGGGAGUGAGUACUUAUUCGCUUUGCACAGAGGUGGGGGUGGAAGGUCGAGAAGGCGAGGGCUGCGGCACCGUGGGGCUGCUACUGGAGCACUCAUUUGAGAUUGAUGACAGUGCCCACUUCCGGAAGCGGGGCUCGCUGCUCUGGAACCAGCAAGACGGCACCUUGUCUUUAUCACAGCGGCAGCUCAAUGAGGAGGAAAGGGGCCGGCUCCGGGACGUGGCAGCGCUGAACGGCCUAUACCGUGUCCGGGUCCCGCGGCGGCCUGGGGCCCCUGAUGGCCCAGAAGCCGGGGGCUACGUCUCCUCCUUUGUCCCCGCGUGCUCCCUGGUAGAGUCUCAUCUCUCGGACCAGCUGACCCUGCACGUGGAUGUGGCCGGCAACGUGGUGGGCGUGUCGGUGGUGACGUACCCUGGGGGCUGCCGGGGCCACGAGGUGGAGGACGUGGACCUGGAGCUGUUCAACACUUCCGUGCAGCUGCAGCCACCGGUCACGGCGCCUGGGCCUGAGACAGCAGCUUUCAUUGAGCGCCUGGAGAUGGAGCAGGCCCAGAAGGCCAAGAACCCCCAGGAGCAGAAGUCCUUCUUCGCUAAAUAUUGGAUGUACAUCGUCCCAGUCGUCCUCUUCCUCAUGAUGUCGGGAGCACCGGACGCGGGGGGCCAGGGCGGUGGCGGUGGCGGCGGUGGCGGAGGCAGCGGCCGGUGAGGGGCGCGGGGCCGAGGUGCCGCCCGCCCUCUUCCUCCCGGAGCACACCCUUCCUGCCCAGCGUGCCCGCUCCCUUGGUCAUCUUAGGAGGGACUCUCCACCCGACCAUCUCCCCGUCCCGUGGGGGUCGGAGGGCGCCCCCUCCCCAUGUGUCCCUCCCCUCUUGUGCUUGGAGUUACUGUGGGGGGUGGCUGGGUUCUGGGCCCUGCUGCACCCCACCUUUCCCCCUGGCCCCACCGAAGUGUAGAGCCCACGCUCCCGGUCCCCUGAUCCCGCACCCCAAGCCCUGUGUGGUGGGAACAUGCCUGGUUCUCUCCGGCCUCUGUGCCUUUAUCUGGUCUCACCCCGCCAGGCCAGGGGGUCCCCCUCACUUGUCUGACACUGGAUUGGGACACCAGCCUCCUCUCUGUGGUCUUGAGGGCACCCUGGGGCUCCCCAAAGCCCAGAGCUGGCACAGAGCAGGGAUGGGCUGGCCCUGGCGCCCCCUUUUCACUCUGUCUACACAGCCCUGCUCCCCCUGCUCUGGCCUGUAUCUGCCCACGGCUCUAGUGGGAGUUGGGAAUUCCUGCUAUUAGGACGCCAGGCCCUCCAGAGGCUCUGGGGCUUGAACCAGUGAUGCUGGAAGUCAAAACAGAGCGGACUACCGUGCAGCGGAGUCAGGGCCCAGAUGAUGUAGAGAACCCCUUUCCCGGCUGGUCGCUGCCCUGGGACUUUGCUGGGUCCUUGCCAUUUAUCUCCCUUUCUCCUUCUGUCUAUUUAAAAACAUCGACAACAUAAUUGAAAUAGGUAAACGUCUGGGAAAGUUGCAGCUUGCAACUUAACAGGCAAGUGCAGUUGUUAACUAGGCUAAGAGACUGUCAGGAUGUACAGGCGCUACUGAAUUCUGCGGGUGGCUAGGUGUGUGAUUCAGAAAUGCCAAAAAAAUGGCCGCCGUUGUCAUGGUAACAGUGACAUCAGGCUCCACGGGGUGUGUGUGUGUAGCAGUUUAUUAAAGCGAGCCCUAAAUA